AUGGGACUCAGCUGCUUCAAGUCCUGGAAACAUGACAACACGGGGCACAAAGGUAACAGAGACGUGUUGGCCAGCCCAGGCUCGUACUUCUUCCUCUCUAACAGCGCCGGUCAGGGUGACGAGUGGCUGAAGAGUCUGAACAAGGGAGUCUGGAUCCCUUUCACAGGGGUCUUUGGUCAGCGUCUGGAGGAGACGGUGCUGUAUGAGCGACGUUAUGGUAUGCGUUUGGUUCCUCUGGUGGUGGAGCAGUGUGUGACCUUCAUCCGGGAUCGCGGCCUGCAGGAAGUGGGUUUGUUCCGGCAGCCAGGACAGGCCAGUCUGGUCAAAGAGCUGCAGGAGGCUUUUGAUGCAGGAGAGAGACCGUCCUUUGACAGUAACACGGACAUCCACACGGUGGCAUCUCUGCUGAAGCUCUACCUCAGGCAGCUGCCUGAGCCUCUGGUUCCUUACAAGCGUUACCAGGACUUCCUGCUGUGUGGUCAGAAGCUGAUGAGUGACCACAAACAGGGUUUGUCAGAGCUGAGACAUCUCCUCCAUGAGUUGCCCGUUGCAAACUUCAACCUGCUCAACUUUAUCUGCCAGUUUCUAAAUGACGUCCAGAGUUACUCCAGCAGCAACAAGAUGAGCAGCCAGAACCUGGCCACUGUGUUCGGGCCAAACAUCCUCCGAGCCAAAGCUGAAGAUCCGCAAAGCAUCGUGGGAGGUGCAGCGCUGGUCCAUGUCCUGAUGUUGGAGCUGAUCAGAGAGCAUGAGCCUCUCUUUGCCCGAGUGCCUCCGUCCAUCUCCGCCCGUCCACCCUCAGGUUUGCGUGCCUCACCCAGUCCCCUGAGACAGCCUCACCUCCACCCGUCGCCCUGCCAUCGCCAGCUGUCGCUGCCUCUCAUCACAGAGCGCUCAAAAGAAGCAGGACAGUUGGCUGCAGAUGCACAGAACCACAGCUGCACCUCCUCGACUUCUGCAAAAGCAGAUUUGCCUUUCAGCCAGAAGAGACUUCUCGGCCAUCGCUAUACCUCCUCCCACCCAGAAAACUGCUUCUACCCUGUGCCCUCCUCCGGUCAGCACCACUCACACCACAAUGUAGAUCUUCACCAACACCAUGCUGGACAAAGAUCGUCCCUUGCACAUACUCAAGCCUCUGCAUCAAGCGUCCAGGUUCUAGGCCCACAGCCACACAGCUCCAAGUCCAAAUCCAUGCUUGUGGACUUGGCAAAGGCCUGGCCAGAUGCAGACGCUGAUUUAUGGUGUUCUGGUGCUGCAGAUGAAGAGGCUGCAGUGCAAGAAAUAGCCAGCGGAGGCAGCAGUGACGCUCAGGAUGACAGCAACCUUUCUGCCUACGACAACCUGGGUGGAGAUUGUGAACGAGAGGGGAUGGCAGACAUCACCAAAGGACUUCUUGCAACUUGUGGAGAUGAGGCGGACCUGGAGGAGGUGUGGCAGACAAGAGGCUCCUCCUCUUCGUGGUCUUCUUGUGAGGUUCUACCAUUGGAUGAGAGCAGGGAUGAUGCGGACACGGUUAGUCCUGACAUGUCGCCAAAGAGACCUAAAAAUGUGCCUUCAGGUCAGAUAUCUGAAGAUGAAGACGGUCAUAAUGAUGAUCACGAUGAUGACGAUGAUGACGAUGAUGACGAUGAAGAUGCCCACCCUAACUCCCCGGCUUCAUGUGUGCUACUCAGCCCUGUGAGCACAGGGAGCUCUGAGGUGUUCCUCCCCUCUGGUCCUCCAGAUGUCCAGGGGCCUGAGCCUCAGCCGCAGCCCAGGGGCGCUCACUCACUCCUGGAUGAGCUGCAGCUGCAGAUGUCCCGGCAGAAGGCUGAGUACCAGGCCAGGAUACAGAGGUUGGAGCGCUGUAAUGACGUCCUGGAGCGGCAGGUUGCAAUUUUGAGGGUCAGUCUGGAGCAGCAGAAGCGAAGCCAAAGCGUGGCCGAGAUCAAGAUCCGCAAAAUGGAGCGAGCCAAAGUCGACGCCGACCUCCGAAACACCACCCUGCAGAGAGAGAUGGAGAUGUUCUUCCAGAUGUACGGAGAGUUCAGAAGAGGAGAUGGAGGAGGAAGAGGCGGAGGGAGUCUUUGA